AUGUCAGAAAUGGAGAGUUCCCCGUCUGAAGUAACGACAGUCAAGCCAGAAAUUGCAGAGGAUGCUGAAAGCCUCGGAGAUCUCAGUACAAGUAUCCAAAAGUUCUUUCACUCUUCCGCCUUCGCAGACCUCACUAUAGUUACAAAGGAUCAAGAACUCAAGGUGCAUAGGUUGGUAAUCUGCGGGCAAUCCGGGUACUUCUCUCGUCUGUUUUCACGUAAUUGGAAAAAGGCAUUGUACGACUCGAAGAAAGAUGAUCCGAGAGCCAUAGAAGCAAUGAUCCAUUUUAUGUACGGAUUUACUUACGACGGAACCGGUGGCGGCCAUCUUUCUCCCAUGUUGUUUCACAUCCAGGUAUACCAGGUUGGAGACAAAUAUGAUGUUCCAAAACUCAAGGACCAGGCGAGAUGCAAGUUUGAAAACGCAAUCGAGUUGUGCUGGGCAAUGGAUGACUUCCAUCAUGCUAUUGCGAAUGCAUACUCGGCCACAAGCUUUGGGGAUAAAGGACUUCGAGACCCUCUUGUCAGAGUAUCCUUAGAACAUAUUGAUGCCUUGCUGCAAGUUGAGGAAUUCCGGCGAGUACUGACGGAAACACUGGGGUUUGCCGCUGACCUUGUCCAGACCCCCCACUGUGGUAAAUCUUGGGGUCUAGAAAAAUCGCCCUGA